CCCAAAAAGGAGCUGUCCAGCCCCUUACGAACUGCUCUCCCCUCCAGACCCAUGUCCUCCAAGUCGGGCGACCCCAGCCUCAUGGCUCGUUCUCCUCCUCCAGAAGGCAGCAGCCGGCAUAGCAGGACUCCGAGCCCUCUGAGGCCUAAGCAGUGCGAAAGGAGCCCAUAUCUCAACGAGGGCCAAGCCUCCCAUCCCAUAAGUCCUGCGCCCUCUGCCUACGAGCAGCAGAUGCCGUCAGACGGGAUGACGGAUGCUCCGUGUUCGAUCACUGGAUCGACGCAGAGCGGCCAGAUAUGCAGCAACUGCGGCACAAGUCGAACUCCUCUCUGGCGAAGAUCACCCCAGGGCGCAACCAUCUGCAACGCGUGCGGCCUGUAUUUCAAGGCGAGAAACGCUGCUCGGCCCACGAACUUGAAGCGACCUCCGACGACUGUGCCGAGCGUACCGCCGCCACAUACUGACAGAUCGUCGCCGGUAGCAUCGGGGUCGCAGGCUGUUUCCAGCACGGCGGGCGCAAAGUACGUGGCGGCAGAUCACAUGCCGAACGGAACCUGUCCCGGCGGUGGCCGUUGCAAUGGCACCGGUGGCGCAGAGGGGUGCAGCGGAUGCCCAGCGUACAAUAAUCGCAUUGCCAAGAGUGCCAGCCUGGGUAUGCUUCAGAACCAGGGCCAGAACCCAGGGCAGAGCACUGCGGCUGCUGAGUCCGCCGACGACCACCACCACGCGAUAGAUGUGGCAGCAACGCGAGGCCAGAACCGGGGCCAGGGCCAACAGGCUCACGACCAGAACACAACCGUGGUGAUUGCUUGCCAGAAUUGCGGGACGACCAUCACGCCGCUGUGGAGGAGAGACGAGCAAGGGCACACCAUCUGCAACGCAUGCGGCCUCUACUACAAACUCCAUGGCGUCCAUCGGCCUGUCGCGAUGAAAAAAUCCGUCAUCAAGCGCAGAAAACGAGUAAUACCGGCGUCGUAUGAGCCCGCUGCUGAAGAGAGUGCGCCGGCUGAGUCGAUUGAGUCAAGCCCGCCUCCGCCGAACGAGUCCAGUGAGCGCGGCUCUGUGAACCCUGACGGCUCGAUAAACCUCGGCGUCAGGCGACGACAGCAACAACAACCUCUACAGCUCGUUCCGGAGAGCGUUCUGCGGCAGAAUCGACCGUCGCCCCCUCUGCCGUCCGGAGAUUUGACGCAGUACUCUUCCAACCUGCGACUUCAUCGCGACGUCCCUGAGUCCCUCACUGAUGACAAUAGGCUCGCUCCGAUCACCUCUCUCCCGGCGACGUCUGGUCGACAAUCCUCGCUCUCGCCUGCGUCCUUCCUGUCGCCGGUGCGAAAACGAUCGUUUGGAGAGGUUGACUACCCGAAUUCUGCAGAGCCUGAGAACAGCAAGCGUCUGUCCUCGAUUAAAUCAAUCCUGAACCCACCUGCGGCCGCGAGCGACGUGAGCAAGGCCGAAAAGCGCGCAGCCUUACAGAGAGAAGCCGAGCGGAUGCGAGAAAUGCUGGCAGCGAAAGAGAGGGAACUUGCGGAACUAGGAAGUUGAUGUUGUCUAAUUGCCAGCGCGAACCGACAAAAGUAUUUUCUCUGGUUUCUUCUCCGCGGUCAACACGGAAGCACCAAAAUUGGGAGUUUCUUUACAAAUAAAUGAGGGCGCAAGAGAGAAAAGGGAUUCUUACAAUAGCACUUGGCGGAGUCAUGCUUUCUUUGGGAAUCAACACUAGUACAUGGAUCUGUAUAAAAAUGGCGCUGGCCCAUGAGAGCCAUUUCGAGGUUUCCAGGCACCAUGGACGAGGCCUCCAGGCUUACGACGAGAAGGAAUCGCGGCGUUCUUGUCACAACGGCGCAGGCGACAAAGGGACAAGGUGCAAAAUGGGUUGGAUUGGCUUGACUUUUUUUUUUUUUUGUUCUUCUUUUUGAACAAAAUAUCGAGAGAGAUAUUAAUCAAAGAAAGACCAAAGCAAGACCUUGGGGUCGUCAAAUGCGCUUCAAAC